AUGCCUUUAACAAAACCAAAAGUCAAACGAAUAGCAUCAAAUUCACCACCACUAGAACCACCAUCAUUACCGAAUAUAAUUACUGGUCUUUUUGAAUGUUUUAAUUUUCUAUCACCGAAUGAAUAUUCGAAUAGAACAUUGGGUUUACAUGCAUUUCUUGUACGAAAAUCAGUCGGAGAAAUAAAUUUUUCUGAUAUUAUGGAUGAAGUUGAAAGACGUUAUCAACAAGGACAAUCAAUCGAUUAUAUAACAUUGUUAGAGGAUAGACGAAAGAAUUUACUUGAAAUUGAAGCAUCUAUUGAAAAAUGCUUAAUGAUUAAUCGAUUAAUUUCAUAUAUAAGAGAGAAUGAAUUACAAUUUUUUUCAUUUGUUUCUGAUAUUCGACAAGAGAUGAAAAUGAAAAUGACAGAUAAUCAAAUCAAUCAAAAUAUUGAAUAUCCAAAAGAUUUUCGUCAACGUGAACAAGAUUUUGUUAAACGAAGAAAUGCUCAAGAUUUACGACGACUUUUUCAUUUUAAUUAUACGGAAAUGAAACAACCUCCAAGUUUAAUUCAUUUAGCAAAUAGGCAUGUUUUUUUUCUAAAACUUAAUAAUAAGUUGAACAAAAAUGAUCUUGUUCAAUGCUUACCUGUGAUUAUCACAGAUUAUUUGUUUGAUUCUAUGGAAUUUCGGCAAUGGAAAUCUUAUUGUCUAACGAGGGAAGGUCCCCAAGUGUGA